CUUUCAUUUCUCUCUAAUUUUUUCAUUCAGUAUUCACAAAUCAUUUCUUCUACUAAUAAUUAAUAUAGGUACGUACCGAAGCAUUUCAUACCUUGAAAUUCUAUAUUUCAAAGUGCUCAAACUCGAAACUUCUAAUUAAGAACGAAAAUUUCAACCAUCCUACCAUUUACUCUAUUGUUUCCUUUUCGCCAACUACACAGUUGGUCCCUUGUUGUUUCACCACUUCUCAUUUUGACAUAACAAUUGACCUAAAUUUAUUACACACAACAACUUCAGUCAAUGCAUGCCUAUUAAACAGAAUAGGCCAACAUGUCUCUUAUUGAUCCGAUAUAUAAAAGGCAUAUCUUAGACAUACGUUAAAUGUCUAAUAGGUAGCAGGAUAAGUUGAAGUGUCUAAACGAAAAGUGGUAACAAAUAUAUUGACAAUCCCUUUAAGUUGUAUGACUUUUCAUUCCAACGCUUCAACUGACCAUUAUAUACCAAACACUUCGAGUUCAGUCAAUCAAUGUAUGCCUAUUAAACACAAUAUAUAAACCGACAUGGACAAAGAACAUAUAUCUCACCUGUCUAAAGCACGUGAAAUUGAUCCGAUAGAAGUUUUUAUUACCAGGAUGGAGAAAAUUUUGAAUCUUAAAGCAACAGAACUUAGAUUGGGUUUGCCAGGGACAGAGGAAGAAGUUGAUCACCAACAAAUUGUGCCCAAUUUUAAGAAUAACAAAAGGUCUUUGUCUGAAUAUGAAGAUGAAUCAAGUUCAGAUUAUGAAGCCACAACACCCCCUGUUGCCAAGGCACAAAUAGUGGGGUGGCCACCAGUGAGAUCUUACCGGAAGAACACCUUACAAAUUACUACAAAGAAAACAGAAGCUCAUCAAGAUCAGUGUGGAAUCUAUGUCAAAGUUAGCAUGGAUGGAGCCCCUUUUCUUAGAAAAAUUGAUCUUAAAAUGUACAAGUGUUACACUGAACUCCUUAAAGCAAUGGAGAAAAUGUUCAAGCUCAACAUAGGUGAAUAUUCAGAGAGGGAAGGCUAUAAAGGGUCAGAAUUUGCACCUGCUUAUGAAGAUAAAGAAGGCGAUUUGAUGCUUGUUGGAGAUGUUCCUUGGGAAAUGUUCGUGUCAUCAUGCAAGAGGCUGAGGAUAAUGAAAGGAUCAGAAGCAAGAGGCUUGGGAUCAUGUGAACUAUGAUAUAUAUAAAUAUACCACACGCAUUUUUGAGGCUUUUAUGAAGAUUUCUCUGUUUAGAAGAAUCUUGAAAUUGAUUUAUUUAUUUAUUUUGAAACACUGUAAUCAAACAGAAAAAAGACUUAGUAAUUGCAGUUACUUUUUCGUUUUUGUUCUUGUUGUAACAUCAUAUAUAUAGCAGGGGAUAAACCAUGGUGGUCUAGAAAUCCUGCAUAUUUUUUUGAGACUGAGAUAAUCUCCCCUUCAAACAUACAAAGUAACUGUACUUUUUUUUUUUUGGCUGUGAAACCAAUUGUACAAAAACACAUUGUAUUUUUGCUUUUCAAUUCUUGAUAUGAAAAGUAUGUUUUG